AUGGCCAAGACCCCAAGUGACCAUCUGCUGUUUACCCUGGAGGAGCUGGUGCCCUACGACUUUGAGAAGUUCAAGUUCAAGCUGCAGAAUACCACCCUGGUGAAGGAGCAGUCGCGGAUCCCCCGAGGCAAACUCCAGACAGCCAGGCCGGUGAAGUUGGCCACUCUGUUGGUCACCCAUUACGGGGAGGAGUAUGCCGUGUGGCUGACUCUACAGGUCCUGCGGGCCAUCAACCAACGCCUCCUGGCAGAGGAGCUCCAAAGGGCGACUGGCCAGGAAUAUCCCACACAAGAAAGUGGCACAGACAUUUCUGCAGAGUCGUGUUCCUCCGGGGAGAAUAAACCCAAGAGCCUGAAGAUACCAGCUGGCCCAGAAGGUGAUGAGCAGCGGCUGAGUGGAGAUGGGGCGGUCAGCCUACUGUCCAGUCAGCCUGAGGCUGGGCGGGGGCCCCUGAAGAAGUCUCAGGACAAGCGGAGAGAGCAGAAAGGCCCCGAGGGCCUGGAUGCACAAGGCAAGCCAUGGGCCAGGAGAAGCCCAGUCCCUGGCAAGCCGCUGGGGGACAUUAAGGCAAGUGCCGGGCUCCGCAGGAAUGCCAGCUCUGCAGGAAGGCUUCAGGGGCUCUCCAGUGGGGCCCUGGGACGGAGGGAAUCCAAAAAAUAUGAAGUGUACUUACCUUCAGGAAAGAAGAGACCCAGAAGUCUUGAAUUUACCAUUUCCUCAGAAGAGAGAGAACCUCCAGACCCAGAAACUCUUCUGACUCAAGAGGAAAUGAGAACUGUGAAUCUAGACUCAGCAGCCACUCCCAGGGGAGACGACACUCUGGAUGUAGGGGCUGCUGGGGCUCUGGAGAAAGGUUUCAGGAACCCAGAACAUUCUGUGGUCCCAGAGGGGAGAACAUUCAGGAACACACUUUCCAAUGCAUCUUUGGAUGGAGAGGAGAAAUCCACUGCACUCUGGGAGGAAAAUGGAGUUGGGGGUCCAGAGACCCCUGAGACCUUGCGGGAGAUGGCAGGUGGUGUGCUCCACAAGUCUUUGAAUCCAGAAGUCCCUUCCUCUUCAGGGAGGCCACAGGACAAGGCUGCAUGUUCCUUUUGCCACGUUCAGGGAGGAGACCCGGUUGGAAGUACCUGCGUGCACAAUUCCUGCAGCUGCCCCGUUGCUUCUGAAGACCCCAGUGCCUCAGGCAGUCCCUUGCUCAGCUGCCCCCGGUGCCAGGGCUCGCUCACGAGGAAGAGCUGCGGAAGCCUAAGCCCCCAGCCCUUGCCUCAGUGUAAGCGCCACAUGAAGCAGGUCCAGCUGCUCUUCUGUGAAGACCACGGGGAGCCCAUCUGCCUCAUCUGCAGGCUGAGUCAGGAGCACCAAGGUCACUGGGUGCACCCCAUUGAGGAGGCUGCCUUGGAAUACAAGGAGCAAAUUGAGAAGCAGCUGGAGCAUCUGAAGAAGCUGAGAAUAUCUGGGGAGGAGCAGAGAUUACAGGGUGAUGAGAAGAUGGCAAACUUCCUGAAACAAACUGAAAUGCAGAGGCAAAAGAUUCGUUGUCAGCUGGAGCAGCUGUGUCAGUUUCUGGAGCAGCAGGAGAAGCUCUUUGUGGCCUGGCUGGAGCAGCUGGACCAGACCAUCAGCAAGGUCAGGGAGACAUAUGGCACCCAAGUGUCCCGGGACAUCACCCUUCUUGACGAGCUGAUUGGGGAGCUGGAAGCCAAGCAGCACCAGUCGGAUUGGGAGCUCCUGCAGGACAUUGGAGCCACCUUGCACAGGGCCAAGAUGGUGACUAUCCCUGAGCUGUGGACCACCCCUCCAGAGUUAAAAGAAAAGAUCCACCUGCUCUACCAGAAAUCAGAGUUUGUGGAGAAGAGCAUGAAGCACUUCUCGGAAACACUGCGUUCAGAAAUAGAAACUUUCAGCGUUCCAGAAUUGAUUAGCGCUCAGGCACAUGCUGUUAAUGUGAUUCUGGAUACAGAAACUGCCCAUCCCAACCUCAUCUUCUCUGAUGACCUGAAGAGUGUGAGACUUGGAAACAGGUGGGACCGGCUGCCUGAUAGCCCAGAAAGAUUUGAUAGCUGCGUCAUUGCCCUGGGCUUGCCAAGCUUCCUCUCUGGCCGCCAUUACUGGGAGGUGGAGGUGGGAGACAAGACAGGGUGGGUCCUGGGAGUCUGCAAGGCAUCCACGAGCAGGAAGGGGAACAUGACUCUGUCGCCAGAGAAUGGAUACUGGGUGGUGAUGAUGACGAAGCGAAACGAGUAUCAGGCAUCCACCUUGCCCCCAACCCGCGUGCGAAUGAGGGAGCCCCCCAGCCGUGUGGGCAUCUUCCUGGACUAUAAGGCUGGAGACAUUUCCUUUUACAACGUGACAGCUAGAUCCCACAUCUACACCUUCUCCAGCUUCUCUGCCUCUGGGCCCCUUCAGCCUAUCUUCAGCCCUGGGACACACGAUGGCGGGAAGAACACAGGUCCUCUGAUCAUCUGUGCAGUGGGUGGCCAGGGGCCUCCCUGAAUGCCUAGUGUUGUGUCUCUGUUCCGGCUCCUGGCCUGUGUCUCGCAUCCAUACACUCAGCAGUCAUUACUGACCACCCACUGAGUGCUAGUUGCUAUAGGGAGUGUAAUGAGUAAGCAAAUAGUCCCUGUGCUCAAGGACCUUACCGAAUCAUAGCCGAAGUGAGCUAGUUACCAAACAUUGCUAAAUCAAGGGUGACAAGGACAAACGUGCCAAUGACUUGUGGUGGAUUUCAGAGAAAGAAGUGCAUGGCUGCUGUGUAAGAAAUGCUUGGGUGAAUUAACACCCUCAGAUGCUCCAGGCGGAAGAUUCUGGCCUUGUUGCCCCUCAGAACCCCAUGCCAAGAGCGUGUCCCUGAUUCUUUCCACUCCUGUCUUGAGGACGUGGGAAGCCUAGAGAGAAGACAGUAGACAGGAUUGUUAUUAAACUAUUUUUGUCCCUUUGUUGAUGAACCUAUGAUUCUUAAGAGUAUUGGCUGGUCUGCAUGAAUCAAUCAAUUAGAAAAUUUGGUAAUACUUGCAUUUGUCACUCAAUACGUCACUGUGGGAUUCCAUUUUCCUACUGUAUACCAUGAAAGUGAUGGGGCUGCAAUACUGGAAAAACAUUUGACAUAUAUUCAAAGUGUCAGAUUAUUCUGUCUUGGUUUGUAUUGGAAAAUCUGUAGGCCUGCAGGAUGGAAGGUGUUCGGCUUCACACAUCUCCUCUAUUGUCCCCCAUUUAAAGAGAUGUAAAGGGAAGGGAUUUAAGAAGAAGAAAAAAGAUCCAAAUGCAGACUAAUCUUCAAACUCCUAUCCCAACUCCUCUUUCUGUCUUCACUACUAGUCUAGAUUGAACUCACAGGGUCCCCAUGGUUAUGACUAGAGUACAAAACCACAUGCUGUGCUUUCUUUAUGGAGCUUUAGUCUACAUGUAAUCCACAUACCAGCAAAGUUCAAGUGCCCUAUUGCUUAGCUGUUACCUAUGGUUGGUCACUUGUUACUCUUAAUUCUCCCUUGUUAUAUAAGCUUUCCAUGAACAGCCUUUUGUAUAUUUUCCACUACCUCCCCAUAUACAUGUUUUUUCUCUUGUGUUAUUCCUGAAAUGGUUCCUGAAUGAGAAAUAUUUGAUAAUACUUUCUACAGUUUGCCAUACCACCCUUUGGAAAGAUUAGAAAACUAUUCUAUGCCCAGAGCAAUGUCUGUCAUUUAAAUAUUUUUGCUGAUUUAAUAGGGAUGUAGUGGGGUCUUACCUCUAUUUUAUUUCAUUACCUGUCAAUGAGGCUGUGAAUUUUUCCAAGUGAAUUUCUGCUUUUUGCUUCAAUCUGUAGAAAUAGUACAACUCCUUUGACUACUUGCUAUUUGGAAUCUAGAUAUUGGACUUAAUUGUAGUGCUUCUUUAAAAAUAUUAAAUUAAUUAAUUAAUUUAUUUUCGGUGGCUGGCUGGUUA